UGUAAGUCGAAUCUUCUUUCCUCAAUUAACAUAUAAAUAAAUUACUAAAACUAAAAUAAGAACCUUGUCCACAACCUGGACAAGCCUUAGUUGAACCCAGCCCAUUGAUCAAGUCUUAGAGAAUGGGCCAGUGUAUUUAGCUAACUCAAUAAAGUGCUUAGAUUUCAUGUGCAAUCAAAGAAUAGAGUGUUGUUUUUUAACUUAGAGGGUUAGGAUGGACUAUUCUUUGGAGGUUGAUGCCUAAAAUUUACUAAUCCUAUCAUUUUUCAAGGGGAUUAACGGAGAUAGUUUUAGACAUCAACCUCAUAUAAAUAGUCCACCUUAAUCAUUCAAGUUAGAAAACAACAUCUAUAUUCUUCCUUGAUUGAACAUGAAAUCUAGUCAUUUUACUAGUCUAAGCUAAUCCAAUCUAAUCCUCUAUAUCAAACAUGGCGGAUUGAUUAGCUUUGGAUCAAAUUAAUGAGUUUGAUCAAACAAUUAAGAGAUAGGAUCUAUUUAAGGAUUUAGAUAGAGUUUUUAUUAAAAAUAGCCAAAAUUUACCCUCACUUUCAUAAAUGCCAGUUUUUAUAAAAACUUUCAAAAAUAAUCAAAAACCCACUUAAAUAUACUUUAAAUGUUCUCAAAACUAAAACCCACAUAAAUAAAUAAAAGAAAGUCUGCAUUGUUCAGCAACUCCCUUAUUCUCUCCAUUCUCUUUAGCCUUUUUCGUGCAUUAUUCAAAUAUCACAGCAUUGUUUACAUUUAGGUGCUCCUGCAACUCUGUCACUCUCUCCUUUUUCUUGCUAAUUGCAACAAAUUAAUUAGCUUGUCUUUCUUUUGUGCAUGAUGUGGACCUAACAAAAAUUGGUCUGGUUCUCCUUAAGACGAUUUGUCAUCUUUAUCUAUCAAGUUCUUCCCCUGUAAUUGGUGCAUUGGGAAGGCAAACUAGUCCAAGCAGUCAAGCUGAAGCUGUAUUGAUCUUUGAGAGACCUUGAUAAUGAAUCCAGUUUUACGAGUUCAGCAACCUUACAUGAUAUCGGCCAAAGUAUAGAGAAAGGUAGUUCAAAAGUGAUAGUAAAAUAAAAAGAAAGAGGAUUUCAGUACAAAAAAUUAAAGAUAGAAAACAUGACUCAAGAAGAUAUCCCAUGCUUAUUCGGCAAGCAUCGAGCAUUCGGAUGGAUUGCUUCAGGAUUCUGACCAGAGAGUUAAUUGCAAAGGCAUUAGUGGUUCCGAUGCAUAUAAUUGCACAUUACAAGGAAAGUCGAAACAGGUUACUAAGUUGGCUAAUGGAUCAAUUCAACGAUCACUUUCCUAUCGGCAAUUCCGCUUCACAGUGCCUGCAAAAUAUCAUUCUCCUAUUUUCUUCACUUACUUUAUUUUAUUUAUUUAUGUGGAUCUUUAAGUAUAUUUAAGUGAGUUUUUGGCUAUUUUCGAAAGUUUUUAUAAAAACUGACAUUUAUAAAAGUGAGCGAUAAAUUUUAGCUAUUUUUGAUAAAUACUCAUUUACAUAAGGCUCACAGAUGCUCUUUCUUGCUUGGGUUCUCGUAUUUUGGGCUGUUCCCCACAUUUUGUUAUAAGCUUGUUUAAGCCUUCGGCCUGCCCGUGUAAAAGAAAAUACAAAAAGCAUAACUUUGUACGGUAAACGCUGGGGCGCCCCCAUUGUCACUUAAGCUAGAACUGAACUGAAGAAAAAUUCCCACUGAAAAGCAAAAGUUUGUGCUGCCACUCCCAUUCUAGAUCUCAUCCUAGAACUCAAAAGCGAGCUUUCUGCUUUUAGUACGAUUGCCAGAACAUGAUAUAACUAUAAGCUCUGCCACUUCUUUCUGGAACUCAUCCUGAGGUCUUCAUAAUCAUGCGAUUAUUUCUUUCUUAAUAUUUGCUGAUGUCUCUGUAGCUUCUUUCUUGAUCUGUAGGUACUGUCUCUAACUUAAUUAUUAGCUCUCUUAUACUUAUUUGUGGAUAUUUUUUUGGAUCUACCGUUAUUUGCAUAUAUGCAUGAUUUGACUUGAAAGUUUGCAGGUUUUGGAUACGGAUAUGAAUUCUUCUUCUUCUUCUUCUCUUCCUUUUCCUGCUUCCCUUCAAGAAAAGUACGAUGUGUUUCUUAGUUUCAGAGGUGAGGACACACGCGAUGCUUUUACCAGCCAUCUUCACAAGGCUUUACUUGGGAAGAACAUUGACACCUACAUAGAUAACAGACUUGGGAAAGGAGACGACAUUGGACCUACCCUUCUAGAAGCAAUCGAGAAAUCGAAACUUGCACUAGUCAUUUUCUCAAAAGACUAUGCUUCUUCCACUUGGUGUUUGAAAGAACUUGUGCAUAUACUUGGAUGCAAGAAAAGCUAUGGACAGAUUGUUAUACCCAUUUUUUAUCGCAUAGAUCCAUCACAUGUACGAAAACAGCAGGGAACUUAUGCGCUUGAAGAUCGUCCACUUAAGCGCAGCAGGGAUGAGGUGGCCAACUGGAGGGCUGCUUUGGAGGAAGCAGCCAAUAUGUCUGGGUUUCAUUAUUCCAGCAAAACAGGGACAGAGGCCGAUUUUGUUGAGAAAGUUGUUCAAGAUGUUUUGACCAAAUUGAAUCGCGAAUCGUCAAGUGAUUUAAAGGGUCUGGUUGGGAUUGAAAAGAAAAUUGAGAAAAUUGAGUCGUUAUUAUGCUUGGAUUCACGAGGUGUUUGCUGUGUUGGUAUUUGGGGCAUGGGUGGUAUUGGCAAGACCACCCUUGCUGGUGCUGUAUUUCACAGGCACUCCUCUAAAUUUGAAGUUUGUUGUUUUCUUGCAAAUGUCAGGGAGAACUCCGAACAAACAAAUGGACUACAUCAGUUGCGAAAUAAACUUGUUGGUGAGAUAUUAAAGCAAAAAGAUGUAAAUAUCGACACUCCGUCUAUACCACUUAAUAUUCUAAUUAGGCUCAGGCGUACGAAGGCGCUCAUUGUUCUCGAUGAUGUGAAUGCUCGAAAACAACUAGAAUAUCUUGUUGGUGAUCAUGAUUGGUUUUGCCAAGGAAGUCGAAUCAUUAUAACUGCUAGAGAUAAAGGCAUACUUGAGCAAAAAGUUGACCAUGAAAAGAUAUAUAAUGUUGAGGGAUUAGGUUCUGAUGAAGCUCUUGAGCUCUUUCAUUCGCAUGCUUUUGGAAAUAAGUCUCUAACAACAGAUUACACUGAGUUCUCAAGAGAGGUGGUGGAUUAUAUUAAGGGCAUUCCAUUAGCUCUUAAAGUUAUGGGGUCCUCAUUCCGUCGUUGCAAGAGCAAACAAGAGUGGGAAGCUCAAUGGAAAAAAGUGAAACGAGUUCCAAUCGGAGAAAUCCAGGAAGUGUUGGGAGUAAGUUACGAUGGAUUAGAUGACAAUGGGAAGGAGAUAUUUCUUGAUAUAGCAUGUUUUCAUAAAGGCUGUAGGAGGAAUGAUGUAGAAAGAAUGUUAGAUGGUUGUGAUUUCUUUGGGGAAGCGGGAAUCAAUGACCUUAUUGAUAGGUCUCUCGUAUCAAUUUCAAAAAAUGGGUACUGGAACGGUAUGCAGUUAGAGAUACAUGAUUUGGUGCAAGAAAUGGGUAGGGCAAUUGCUCGAGAACAACGCAGUAGGUUGUUCAUUGGAAAGGAUGUCUAUCAAGUAUUGACAAAUAACCAGAAAGAUGGACAUGUUCAAGCAAUAUCCUUUGACUGGUAUGAGAUUAAAAAGCUACACUUGGAGUUGGAACAUGCAAACUUCGAAAAGAUGUAUGAACUGAGAUUCCUACGUGUCAGUCGUUUUCUUCCAUCAAUGGUUUCUCUUGAUCUUCCCAACUCUCUUAGAUUUCUUCAAUGGGACGGUUAUCCUUUGAAAUCUUUGCCAUCAAAAUUUUCUGCUCAAAACCUUGUUGUCCUUGAUAUGUCAUCCAACGAAGUUGAGGUGCAACUUUGGAAUGAAAACCAGAGUCCAGUGAAUUUAAAACGGAUCAGUCUUCGUUUCUGCGAAUAUCUAACUGAAGUCCCAAAUCUCUCUCGGAGUCUAAAUAUUGAGCAUAUAAAUCUGCCAGGCUGUAAAAGCUUGGUUGAAAUUCCUUCGUAUUUUCAACAUCUUAACAAGCUUACUUAUCUUAACCUUGUGAUGUGCAACAAGCUCAAAAAUCUUGCCGAGAUGCCAUGCAAUCUUGAAUACUUAAAUUUGUCUUGGACAGCAAUAGAGGAAUUGCCUUCAUCAAUUUGGUCUCACGAAAAAAUAUCUCACUUAGAUAUUAAACAUUGUAGACACCUGAAGAGUCUUCCAAGCAACAGUUGUAAGCUGAAACUCUCGAAUUCUUUUAGUCUAGAAGGCUGCGAAUCUCUUUGCGAGUUUUGGGAGCUUCCCUGGAAUACAACAGUGCUAGAAUUGAGUGGUACAACAAUAAAAGAAUUGAGGAAUAAAUCAAUAAAGUUUGUUGGUCUCACUGCAAUUAAACUGAUCAAUUGCAAAAGCCUUGUGAGUCUCCCAACGAACAUUUGGAAGUUGAAAUAUCUGGAGAGCCUUGAUCUCAGUCGUUGCUCUAACCUUGAACACUUCCCAGAAAUCUCGGAGGCUAUGGAACAUCUGGAGUUUCUAAAUUUAUCAUUUACAGCGGUUAAAGAGCUACCCCCAUCAAUUGGAAAUCUAGUUGAGCUUCGAAAAUUAGAUCUUGGUGAUUGCAACAACCUUGUGAGUCUCCCAACGAACAUUUGGAAGUUGAAAUCUCUGGAGAGCCUUGAUCUCAGUCGUUGCUCUAACCUUGAACACUUCCCAGAAAUCUCGGAGGCUAUGGAACAUCUGGAGUUUCUAAAUUUAUGGAGCACAGCGGUUAAAGAGGUAACAUCAUCAAUUGGAAAUCUAGUUGCACUUCGAAAAUUAGAUCUCGGUGAUUGCAGCAUACAAGAAAUCCCUGAUGACCUUUUUUGCUUAACCUCAUUACAAGAGUUAACUCUGAGUUUCACCGAAAUUAAGAGCAUACCUGCAAGCGUCAAACAAGCUGCUCAACUAUCUCGCCUGUUCCUCAACGGUUGCAAGAGCCUUGAAUCUUUACCAGAGUUCCCCCCAUUGCUGCAACAUCUUGAAGCAGAUGGUUGCACGUCACUGAAGACAGUGUCAAGUUCAAGCACUGCAAUCACACAAGGUUGGGAAGAAUAUAUAUUUUAUCUAGGGCUUUCUGAGAAACAUAAUUUUUCUAAUUGCCCAAAGUUGGAUGAGAAUGCACGAAGCAACAUAAUGGGUGAUGCACAGCUCAGAAUUAUGCGAAUGGCAAUUGCUUCGUCAGAGUUUAAAGAAGACAAAAUUGAACAACCAUCAUAUCAUUCAGAUAAUAGCUAUUAUGAUUUUGAGGAAUCUUUACGCAAGAGAUCUUUUGUUGCCAUUAGAUGUUGCGGGAAUGAAAUUCCAAAAUGGUUCAGCCAUAAAAGUGAGGGAUGUUCAAUAAAGAUUGAGCUUCCUGGUGAUUGGUUUAGCACAGAUUUCUUGGGUUUCGCUCUAUCUAUUGUUGUUGCAAAGGACGGAUUCUCUCCUCAUGCGAUUUCCAGCAUUGAAUGCAAGUACAACUUCAAAACUAGUAAUGGUGAAAGCCAUGAAGUCAACCAUCCUUUGUGCAAUCUGCGCAGGGAUACUAUGGGGUUUGAAAGCAUAGAUUCAUAUGAAGUGUUUGUGUUGUGGUAUAAUAAUGUCUUUGAAGAAGUUGUAGAGGGAGCUCAAAGCCCCACUGCCUUUUUCAAACUUGUUACGGAGGUCAAUGUUGACUUCAUCAUACGGAGUCCUUAUGACAGCGAAAGCUAUUCGGAGGGGGAGGAGGUGGAGGAGGAGAUGGAGGUGAAGGUGGAAAAGUGUGGGAUAUGUCUGUUGUAUGGCAAAGAUGCUGAGAUGAUAAAGCAGAGGGCUUUGUAGAUCAAGCCGUUAUCCCUAAAUUCAAAUUUUCAUUUUAUUUGAGCUGUUUGCUUUGGAAGCCUUGUGGCUGAGGACGCUUUUGAGUUUGUUAGGCUUAGGGGUUGUCUUUCUUGUUUUAACCCUUCGCCCUCUCCAUCGCCAAGCUUUUUGGGUGAGGAUGCUUUUGAGUUUAGUAAUUUUCUUCAUUCAAUUCAAGUAUUAAAUUGUUAAUAGUGUCA